UGGAAAUCGACGAAAGGAGACUUGAUGCGACGAAUGCUUUGCGGAUGAGUGCUGGCGAAGCCCAAAAAAAAAAUUAAGAAAAGGUUGCGACGUUGAAAGGUUGAGGCGAACGCAAGGCAGCAAGAACGAACAGAAUCGCCCAGAACAGAACAACGCGCUGGGCGCUGAGUCAGCGCGCAUCUGCGAGCUGCCAGGCCUAGAACCACGAGUCGUCGCCGUUUGCACAGCGACAAGCACAUCACCACUUUCCUCCCACCCGCUCACAGCCUUUCGAAUUCACCGGCUCUUAUAAAAAUUUAACUCGAAUCUCGCCUCGCAACUCCUUCGACCCACAAGCACGACUCGCACCUAGCUCUCGCACGCCCAGGCAGUUCCGGGGCUGACCAUGGCCUCCUGGGAGCUCCUCGACGAGCGAAGCGAGUCUGAGCUCCACAAGACGAGGCUGCUCAAUGUCGAAGAGAAACCAUUUAAGAGAAUCACAAAGCGUCUUGGCGCGAUCUCGUUGGCGGUUUCGAGCGCGAGCCAAGCUCGGAAUGCCGCCGAGCCGUCGGCGCUCCUCACCAGCGACUCCCUGCGCGAGGACCUGACCUUCGACUUUGCCGCCUUCGACAGCAGCAUCGCCCGUUUCCAAUUUCUACACGAUGCGAACCAGCGGGAGCGAGAGCGAUAUGAGGCGGACCAGCAGCAGAUCUUGGCCGAGUGUCAGGAGGUGCGAGGCAGCAACGGGCAGCUGCGGGAGCAGCUCGAGGCAGCACGGGCGACGCUGGCGCAGCGCAAAAAGUUUGAUGAGCUGGCGGACAAGAUUACGUCGAACCGCCUGCUGCGGCCGCGCGAGGACCAGCGUGUCAACCUGGCCAAGCUGGAGGACGAGUGCCGCGAUCUCGAGCGCGAGAGCGAGACGUACAGCACGACAUGGCGGGAGCGGCGUGACCAGUUCAACAAGAUUAUGGAGGAGGGCAUGAUGCUGCGGCGGCAGAUCCGCGACGAGAAAGAAGAAGUCGACCGGCGGGAGGGCAUGAACGAGGGAGGUGAGGAGGAUGCGGAACCCGACAAGGAAGACAAAGAGGGCCAGACGCCCAAGAACGCAUCAAGCGACCACCCGACCCCGCGUCCGGACGGCGGCGACAGCCAGGCCAAGGCCGGAGAGAGUGAGGGCGAGACGCCGCGCCCAGUCUCGAGCGGCGCUCCUACCCCGUCUGCCGGCACGCCCAGGCCGGAAAAGGCCAAGGCCAAGUCUCUGCUUCCAAGAGACACCCAGCAACGGCUCGAGACGCGGGACGCCCCGACGCCGUCAAGCCAGGCGGACGAUGCGGCACGUCAAGACGUGGAGAUGGAAGAGGGUGAGCAGCUUGACAGGGAGGAUGCCGAGGAUGGGGAGGGGCUUGAUGAUGAGGGCGUCGAGGGCUUUGGGGACAAGCCGGCGAGUAACACGGACACCAUGGAGGUGGACGACUAGGAAAGGGCUGAACGAGCUUGGUCGGCUCACCGUGCUCGCAGCUGCCAGAGGCAUCAAGACCAGUGAUACCACAACUUAGAGACAGGGAAAAAGGGGGCACGGCGUAAUCAUGAUUCGAUUUCGUUCUUUCGGUCUACCAAUUGUGGUAUUUCCUCUCCCCCUCGCACAAACAAGUCAUGUCCCUCUGUAGCCUGCUCUGUAUUCCAUUUAUCCUUG